AUGGAUGAGCCGCAACAUCAAGCCGCUUCGGCGUCGAAACAAGACGAAGAUGUUCCCUUUCUCCUAUCAAAAGAUGAGCAGCGCGUUCUGGCUCUCUAUGAUGAACUCCGCGACCUCGAGGUGAAAGUUGCCCUCAUGAAGGCGCAACAAAGUUACUCCCCAGACUCAUCAACACUAAAUAACGAAAACAAUGUGCGAAAAGCACAGGAGGACGCUGCCAAGGCACGCGCCAGAUGGCUACUGAGAAACGACAUCACAGAUAGUGUCAUGACCGCGAAUCCUAUCCUUAAAGCCGUGCACGGCAGUACCCAAGCUACGCCCGUAGAAGUGGAUCUUAUACCUUACGUCAAUUCUCGCGAUACCACGUCUGUCGCCCUCGCGCAAGUGUCGGCCGACAUCCGCACUACUCUCGACGAACUCACCCACGUCGAGGCUGAGAGUCUUCGCGUUGGCAGGCGAAACGUCGAGCUCACAGCUGAAAUUCUUCGCCUGGCCAAGGAAGCCGAGAAGAGGAAGACUGGCGAGACUGACAACCCUGCCACCCAAGCUGAAAUGACGAAGCUAAAAGCCGAGGUAAAGGCCAGUAGACAACGUUGGAAGGUCAUGAAAGGCACGGCGAGCGCCAUGGUUGCCGGCAGCGGUGUUGAUUGGGCAAGGGACGAAGUACUGAGGGAUAUUGUGCUAGACCCCGAGGAGGACUGA